AUGGGUACCCGACAGCACUCCGCAUUCGGUGCGGCACAAUACAUCCUACCCGACCCCAUCUUUGAAGUCACGAAGCGUUUCAAUGCAGACCAAGAUCCCCACAAGGUGAAUCUCGGUCAAGGUACAUACCGAGAUGAGAACGCUAAGCCAUGGGUUCUGCCGUCCGUGAGGGAGGCUGAGAAGCUGAUCACCAAUCCUGGACAUGAGUAUCUGCCUAUUGAGGGUCUCCAGAGCUUUCGCGAUGAGGCGAGCAAGUUGUUGUUUCAUGAUACUAGCGCCUAUAAAGAGAAUAGAAUCGCAACGUGUCAAUCCAUCUCUGGAACGGGAUCAUUGCUUCUAGCUGGUCUGGUCCUUCGCAAGGCAAAUUCUGGCAUCGAUAAUAUCAUCAUUACUGACCCAACAUGGUCAAACCACGAUUUACUCUUUAAAGAGAUUGGCUUCAACGUUGUCAAAGCUCCUUACUACAAAGAUCGAGCCUUUGACUUUGAUGGCUACAUCCAAGCUCUCAAGGCAGCAGACAAGCGUUCGGCGGUUGUUCUCCACGCAUGUGCCCACAACCCAACCGGAUGCGAUCCGACUCGCGACCAAUGGAAGCAAAUCGCUGCUGUGAUCAAAGAGAACGAGAUCUUUCCUAUCAUCGAUUCAGCCUAUCUUGGCUUUAACUCCGGUAAUUAUGACGAAGAUGCCUGCGCCAUCAUGUAUCUCAUCGAAGAUCUCGGUCUCGAAGCUGCAAUCUGCAUGUCCUUCGCCAAGAACAUGGGUCUGUACGGUGAGCGCGUCGGUUUGACAGCGAUCGUGACAAAGUCUGAAGAGGCAAAGCGUACAGUCUUCUCACUUCUACAAAAUGCUCAGAGACAAACUGUUUCGAAUCCACCUGUAUACGGUGCUCGAAUCGCUGCUACUGUUCUCAGCAAUCCUGAAACCAUGAAGCAAUGGCAGCAAGAUCUGGUGACCAUGUCAUCUAGGAUCAGAUCUAUGAGAAAGAAACUUUACGAUGGGCUAGUGAGACUUGAGACGCCGGGCGAUUGGUCACAUAUUGUGAAUCAGACUGGCAUGUUUGGGUACACUGGGAUCAGCAAAGCUCAAAUUGAACGUCUUGAAGAGAAAUAUCACAUUUACAUGGCGGAUACUUCAAGGAUUAGUCUAGCGGGUUUGAACGAGCAGAAUGUUGAGUAUGUAGCAAAAGCACUGGACGAAGUAGUUAGAAGUGUUUAG